AUGGCAUCCCUAAAUGCGAUUCCACCAGGAGUACUCGUCUUGGUUAUUAAGCAUUUGUUACCUUCUAUUGGCAUCUAUAAGGCAAUCCGGCUACGACUGGUCAACCGUGAGUGCAUUCAGUCUGCCAUCGUCACCGCCAUCUGUGACACCCGUGUCGUCGACUACGAUGACCCAGCAACGCCAGACCUGGCCUUCCAUCUGUCGCCGCCAUUGCUGGCCAAAAUCCUGGUGACGCAGAUCCAAUCAGUCCAGCGGGACAAGAAUCCAGUUCUCUCCGUCAUUGGUGGCCUGGACGAGGCGUUGGACAUACAGACUUCCCAGCAUCGCAAGAUUGCCGAGGCGGUCUACAGCGUGCAGCCGUCGAAUCUGCGUCGGGCCAUGGACCGGAAGAGUCUCAAAACCAACGAGGCCAUGAAAGCGCAGAACUACCUCAGCGGCGCCAUCGUCCUCGGCGAUCUGUUUGGUGUUGGGGGUUUUCUGGGGAAUUCGACGGCCCUCGUGACGGAUGUCAACGGCGAAAGCCCCCUCUUUGGCCGGCCCUUACAGAUCGCCGCUGCCUGGGGCCGCUUGAAGAUUGUUCGCUAUCUGCUUGAUCGCGGUGCUGAUCCGCAGAUGUGCAGUAAGGAUACCAGGGACAUCGAGUGGGAGCCGGACAUGAACUUGAGCAUUCCACGCAGACACGUGUAUCACGCCGUGUGCGGAAGCGCGCUGCGAGCUGCUGUUCUCGGGGGCCACACGGACAUCGUCCGCUUGCUCCUCUAG